CUCCGUGCGUCAGGAGCGCGCCGGCGGCCGUGGGAGCUGCAACCGGGAAGCGUGGACGACCGGUGCCAAAGCACGCAUGGGCCUGGGUCCGCGUUCCGCUCACCAGGCGCGGCGCCAGUUCCCGGGUGCCAGCCGACGGGGACGCGCGGCCCGCGGUUCAGGGCGUCCCCCUCCGGGCCGCGAUGGGUGUCCCCGGCUGCCGGCGGCGGCGCGCGCGGAGAAGGCCCCCGAGGCUCUCCCGCACCUGAGCCCGGAGGCGCUCGGGUAUUUUCGACGGGCGCUGUCAGCGCUGAAAGUGGCUCCCGACGCCGCCGAAGAACGAGAGUUGAUGGUGCGUAAUAUUUUGAAGGAAGUGGAGACUCAGGCUCUAGCCUUGGCCACGAACAGGACUGGUAGUGAAAUGCUGCAGGAGCUUUUGGGAUUCAGCCCUUUGAAACCUCUGUGUCGAGUGUGGGCUGCUCUGCGCCCCAACUUGCGCUUCGUGGCCUGUCAUCGGUGUGGGGUCCACGUAUUGCAAAGUGCUUUGCUGCAGCUGCCUCGAUUGCUGAGGAGUCCUGCAGAAGCAGCGAAGGAGGAGGAUGGUGAUGAUGGGGAGGAGGAGGAUGGUCCCUCGCAGACUCUGGAGGAGCUUGUCCUGGGACUAGCCGCCGAAGUGUGUGAUGACUUUCUUUUCUUCUGUGGAGACACGCAUGGCAGCUUCAUGGUCAGAACUUUACUGCAGGUAUUGGGAGGGACUCUCCUGGAGUCUGAGAGAGCCAGACCGCGCAGCUCCCAGUCAUCUGAAACACAAAGGCCCUCAGCUCGGGAAUGCAAACCAACUGACUUUGAGGUUCCUGCAACCUUCCUGAAUCGCCUUCAGGAGCUGAGCGCCUGCUUUCUGAAGGACAUUGCUGUCUUUAUCACCGACAAGAUCUCCAGUUUUUGUCUUCAAGUGGCCUUACAAAUCUUACACCACAAAUUACCUCAGCGUUGUGCCCAUCUCUGUGAUGCUGUCAUUGAUUAUCUGAGCUCUCGUAAUUCUUCAACAGGAGGCAGCCCUCUACUCCUGUUUCUGCGGGAUCAGACGAGUUCCAGACUCUUGGAGCAGGUGCUCCUGGUAUUAGAACCGGAGAGGCUCCAGCGCCUCUUUGAGGAUCACUUCCGGGGUCAGCUGCAUUCCUUGGCUGCACAUCCCAUUGCUAACUUCCCUUUGCAGCGCUUACUGAAUGCAGUCACUUCCCCUGAGCUGCUGUCCCUUGUGUGUGAGGAGCUGAGCCCUGCCGUGGAAGCUGUGCUGGCCCAGGGCCACCCAGGGGUGGUUGUCGCUCUGGUGGAAGCCUGCCGCAGAGUUGGGACUCACCAAGCCCAGGUCUUGCAGCUGCUGUUGGAGGCAUUCCACUGUGCGGAGCCCUCAUCCCGGCAGGGAGCCUGUGUGCCACUCUUUGCCUCCUUGUUGGCUUAUGAGGUCUACUAUGAACUGAUGGAGGAGGAAGGGGCGGUACCCGCGGAACAUCAGGUGGAAAUGGCCACAGCCACAGCGCUGAGGGAAGUGACAGUACUUGGGUCUCUGCUGCUGCAGCAUUUGCUGUACUUCUCCAACCCUGGCCUUGUACUGCGAAGUCUGAGCGCCUUGACAGGAUCCCAGCUUCUGGCUCUAGCCCAGAGUCCUGCUGGCUCUCACGUAUUUGAUGCCAUCCUGAGCAGCCCCUCUGUGACUCAUAAGCAGCGUCGUCGCGUGCUGAAGAACCUGAAGGGACAGUACGUGGCUCUUGCUUGUAGCCGCCAUGGCAGCCGUGUCUUAGACGCCAUCUGGAAUGGAGCAGCUUUGGCGGCCCGGACGGAAAUUGCUGCUGAGUUGGGAGAGCAGAGCCAGGAGUUGACUCAGGAUCCUUUUGGCCACCAUGUGGCUCGAAAUGUGGCGCUGACUACCUUCUUGAAGCGGCGGCAAACUUGGGAACAGCAGCAGAGUGCUGUGGCCAAGCGGAGACGGCUACUGAACGCUAUACUUGAGGACUGAGGCCUUGGGGUGGGGGGGGUAAAAGGACGCACUUAUUUUUCCUGGUUUAAAUCAGAGCCAAAAGUUUUACUGGAACCAGACAAGUAACACACAAAACAAAACCUACUACUCAGGAGGUUGAAACAAAAAUAUCAAGAGUUCAAG